AUGGAGCAGCCUAUCCGAGUCACGUUCCUGGGCCCUGUAGCCUCCUUUUCCCACCAGGCUGCUGUUGAAACUUUUGGAUCUUCUGCCGAGCUUGUGCCCCGUUUAUCUUUUGCAGACGCGUUCGCCGCGGUGCAAGAGCAGAGAGCAGAUUACGCCAUUAUACCUUGCGAAAAUUCUACUAAUGGAUCUGUCGUCCAGACGCUAGACCUUCUAGCUGAUCCAAAUAGUCUUUAUGGCAAUCUGAAAGUGUGCGGGGAGCAUUAUCUAGCUAUCCACCACUGCCUAUUGACUCGCAAAAGUGACCUUCUUGAUCAGCAGGACUUUCAAUCCAUCCGCAGGCUAUACACCCAUCCCCAGGCGUGGGGUCAGUGCGACAAUUUUCUUGAGAAGUAUUUCAAGGGUGUCGAACGGCAGGAUGUCUCGUCCACUUCUAAAGGGGCGGAGAUCGUUUCGAAAGACGCGACUGAGCGGACUGCUGCCAUAGCCAGUCGCUUCGCCGCAGAACAUCAUGGUCUCGAUAUCCUUGCGGAGAAUAUUGAGGAUGAAACGAACAACACAACGCGCUUUUUGAUCCUGAAGAAUAUCACGGCCGAUCGCACCGCUGCUUCAAGAUUUGAGCAAAUCAAGGCUAAUGCGACGCCUUGUGGAACAGCAAAGAAGAAGACCUUAAUCUCGUUUAUGGUUCACCAGGACCGCACGGGCGCACUGGCAGAUGCUCUUCUGAUAUUCAAAACCCAUGGCAUGAAUUUGACGAGUAUCAACUCACGACCAAGUCAGGCCCGAGCCUGGAAAUAUGUGUUCUUGGUCGAGGGACAUUUAACUCCUACCAGUCGAAACGCAGGCGCAGUUUCGGAGAUUUUACAGGGACUGAAACAGGUCACUGAGAGCUGCAGACACCUGGGAACAUGGGCAGAUCAGCUUAUAUUGGGUUCGGAAAAUGCAGCAAUCUAGGUGAGCCGCCGAUAUUCGUCUCUUCAAAGCGAGCCCCACUCAGUAACAUCGCUGUAGCGGUUUCACUCCCUUGAAGACCUUAUCAUGCAAUUGAACUGGUUGAGCUGAAUCACAAUUACACGCCGUCGGAGGAAAUUUGCCAGGAAGGUAGUUUAUGAGCUUGUUUCCUUAAUUUAUGGAACUUGCCAGGAUUCACAAGAUACCAGAAUGUAAGAAAGUGAAAAUAUCAGAGUAUAAAACGAGAUCAACUCCAAUACAUAAAACACAACAGUCUAAAAGCACAAGCCCAUCAGUUAUAAGCUCGACAGCUAUCGGUGAGCAUUGCCACCGUCAAUAGGACAAUCCAAUCAAUAUUCUUGAAUGAUCAGAUUUGGUGGCAUCCGAA